GUCAAAGUCAAAAAACAGGUAAUAAAACCAUUCGAUACCCCUCGUUGAGACCUGACAAUUGUCAUAGUCUUUCUCAUAGCUCAUAUCUACUUCAUAGCUCCCAUAAUUUGACCCAGAAAAUGUCCACGACCAUUACCCAGGCUCCCCAGGCGGAACAACGCACCCUCCCCAUCGUUGCCGCCCCCGCCGCCGUCAACAACAACAACUUCCACCCCGGCGAUGCCGCCAACGAUAAGGCCUUCCAGGCCCUGGCGCGGGGUACACGUAGUGGCACCCUCAAGCUGCGGGGGAUCCCCACAUUCACCGAUGUCUAUGCCCAGCGGCAGUGGAUGAAGGAGCACAUGGCCGCGGCCUUUCGAUACUUUGGCAAGAAGGGCUACGGCGACGGAGUGUCGGGCCAUAUCUCCAUGCGAGAUCCCAUCCUAAAAGACCACUUCUGGAUGAACCCCUUCGCCAAACACUUCUCAACCAUCAAGGCCUCGGACCUAGUAUUGGUAGAUGCGGACGGAUAUGUCACCGAGGGCGGCGCCCAGCUGCCCAUCAACGAGGCCGGGUUCAUGAUUCACUCGGAGAUCCACAAGGCGCGGCCGGAUGUGAUCGCCGCGGCGCAUACGCAUUCCGUGUAUGGGAAGACGUGGAGUGCGUUCGGGAAGCCGGUGGAGAUGUUGACGCAGGAUGCAUGCAACUUCUUCGGCCGACUCAGUGUGUACGAUGAUCAUGGCGGUAUUGCUCUUGCUCAGGAUGAGGGACGGCAGAUAGCCGAGGCGCUGGGGAAGGAGAAUUUGGCGUGUAUUCUGCAGAAUCACGGUCUUCUGACCGUGGGUCGGACGGUCGAUGAGGCGGCUUUCCUCUUUUCGAGCUUGGAUAAUGCCUGUUAUUCGCAGCUGUUGGCGGAUGCGGCUGCUGCGACCGGGGUCCAGAAGAAGAUCAUCUCCGAUGAGGUGGCGAAGUAUACGGCCGAUGCUGUGCAGGGCGCGCAUAACUUCUACACGGAGUUCCAACCGGAGUUUGAGCUGAUUGUCGAGGAGACUAGUGGGAGAGUUCUACAGUAGGGGUGCUCUUGUGGGGGGUGAAUUUGCCUGGUGCAGGGGUACCGGAGUGUGUAUAUCGAGUAUGUCGCGACUUCAAUGCUGAAGAUGGAUCGAAUUGAUUAUCGAUUUAACAAACCCAUGGGGCUCUUGAUUGUUGGUGGGAGGGAGCUGCAUUUGCCAUGGCCAGGAACAGUAUUCACAUAUCUAUAUUGAAGGGCAA